AUGGCGGCAGAGUCAACCGCGGAAGCCUUCAUGCGCCUGGAUCGUCAGCUUGCGGAGGAAGAAGAAGAGCUGCAGCGAAUUAAGGAUUUUGCGGCAGCGACAGCUGAAGCGGCAGAGCAGGCCAGAAUCUAUGCAGCCAGGACAAAUGAUGUUGUGGGAAAGAACCGGAAGUCGAUAGGCCAGAGGAAGAGACGACUGGUAGAGCUGGAGGAUGCGCGAGAUGCUCGCAAAGUGGCAGAGUUCCAACGCUUGUUGAAUCCCUUGGGUGAGUUGUUGUAUGCUUGCGCGCAGUACUUGAACCAACAUGAGUAUACAGAGCUCGAGACACUGGAUUCAACAGCCGGACGCACGAGAAAAGCUACUAGCACUGUGGCGGCUUCCAGUAUGUCAUACCCAAAUGGUCGUCUCUCACCGGCGCGAAAUGUGGGUGGGGGAGCCGCACGAGCUAUGAAAGGACAGAAGGCCUUGCCUGCCGUUGUCAACAAUGGCACAGGGAAUGGUGAAGACGAGGACGUUGAAGAAGAAGUGCAAGUGGGGCCGCCCAAGAAGAGACGUAGGAAAAUCUCCUUGUCUACUCACAGCGAGAUUGUAGUAGCUUUAGGACCUACUCGUCCUUCGCCUGAGCGGGAGACAACGAGCAAGCGGAAAGACACGAUAUCGACUGAACAGCUACCGCGUAUACCCGAGGCUCCGCUUUCUUCGGCGUCCGUCGCUGAAGCUCAAGUCCAAGCUGCCAAUACGGAACGAACGCAACCCAGAGCAGAUGAGUCUCAACAAGCACAGAUAAAGUCAGCGCAGGCUACAGUCAGUCAGCUCGGAAUCAUCGGCGCCACCUCCCCUCAGCCAAAUAUCAUCCCUCCUGACCCCAUUCCGGCUCGCUCAAUGGCGACAUCGAGCAGCGGCCUUUUCGUUCGGGAACAAUGGGUGCGUAAAUCGCAGUCUGACUCGGAGAAAUCGUUGUUUGAAGACACUCGUCCUGUAUAUGUUUCAGGACCACGAAAGGUCGAGAAUAAGAUGGCCCAGGUGUCCGAGGAGAAUAUAGCGGCCAGCGGUGAGCAGACCUCUCCACUUCGAGAUUCAGGUGAGCCUUGUCAAUAGCUGCGAGGUCUUGAGAACACUGCUGACUUACUUCGAUGUUGGUAGGCUACGGUCGUACGCCCUCCAAUCCUAUGACAGCGGCGCCCCCUCCUGACGCGGUGGUUAUGGCCGACGAGCCUGCGGCGGAAGAUCACAGCGUGGACUCCAGCCUGUUUGGAGAGGGCAAGAGCGUUUCCCUGCCAGCAGAGACGGGCAGAAGCCAAGAGGACGCACCAAUGCUGAUGCAGGGCCAUUCACGCCAACGUCACCGCCGGUCGAGGAGCAGCACUGGCCUGUUCGUUAGUGAGCGGAGCCCAACUCCAUCACCACAUCGGCAGUCAGGCACGAAUGACUCCCAGUCAUUCAUGAAGGGGCCAGCAUCGAGGCAAGAUACCACUAGCACGUCCGAGAAGCCAGCCCGAGGGAGGGAGCGAAAGUCUCGCCGCAAGAAGGUCCCAGGCGCACAAGUGAAUUCCAUGGUGUCGGAUGCUCUUCUGGAGAAGUAUAGAUGA